GUGAGCCGGCUCUCUGUCUGACUGCUCCAACUUCCUGCUCACACACACACCACUGAAAAAAAAAAGAAAAGAAAGAAAAAAAUCAGGAUCUCAUUACAACAGAAACGUUUGCAGAAGACUGUCAGGAUGGAAAACGAUGGGAUUUUACCAAAUUUAUUUUAGAGCAUGAAUAAGGAAAACUAAACUUUACGGAGCACAUAAGGAGUCUGGCAGGAGAGCAGCUGAAGUUUAACUUUUUACACAGGACUUACUCUGGUGAGCUGAGGAAAUUGUGAUGUAAAAUAUCUUCCUAUUUUACAUAGAGAUGCUCAGGGACCAUAAAGCUUCUGACAGAGAGAGGGAUGAACAGCACUGGCCUCUCCUGUGAGUUUCAGGAGCUUUCAAUUACACCCAUACUUGGACGAAGGACUGAAAUAAAAGUCUGAAAAGGUAUGGAGAGUGCUAUCACGCUGUGGCAGUUUCUGUUGCAAUUGCUUCUUGAUCAGAAACAUGAGCAUCUCAUUUGCUGGACAUCGAAUGAUGGUGAAUUCAAGCUUCUCAAGGCAGAGGAGGUGGCCAAGCUUUGGGGACUUAGGAAGAAUAAAACUAAUAUGAAUUAUGACAAACUGAGCCGGGCCCUCAGAUAUUAUUAUGAUAAGAACAUUAUAAAGAAAGUCAUUGGACAGAAGUUUGUCUACAAGUUUGUGUCCUUUCCGGAGAUAUUAAAAAUGGACCCCCAUGCCCUGGAAAUAAGUAGGGAGAAUUUGUUGCUGCAGGACAGCGAAUGUAAGAUUUCUUCUGAUCUCCGAGAGAGGCACAAGCAAACCUUGUCCACCUUAAAAAGUGCUAGCCGAAAUGAAUAUAUUCACUCAGGGCUUUAUUCAUCUUUCACUAUCAAUUCACUGCAAAACCAGACAGACAACUACAAAGUUAUCAAAAAAGAAAACUUGCAGGAUCAAGUGGAGGAGGAAGAGGAUGAAGAAGAAAAGCAUAAAGUCCUGAGCCCAGCAGAGGAAGUCAGAACUGUUAUCAGAUUUGUUACUAACAAAACAGACAGGCAAGCAGUCCGGCCUGUAGUUUCAUUACCAUCUACAUCGGAAGCUGGGGCUGCACCUUCUUUAAUGACCAUUAAAGGGUCCACCCACAGGUUAGACACAUCUAAUGUGUCCUCCCCAUCACCAUGCUCACGAUCCCCAUCACUAUCCCCUAACCUAUCCUUCCCAACAGAGCAGAGGAGCUUGUUUCUUGAGUACAACUGUCACAAUAUAGACACAGUGGAACCAUUAAAUCUCUCAUCAGGAUCCAAAACAAAGCUAUCCUAUCAGCCCCCAAAAGCUAAGAAGCCCAAAGGUCUAGAAAUCUGCUCUCCUCCUCUUCUCCUAUCUAGUAGUGACAUUGGAUCAAUUGCUCUGAAUAGCCCAGCACUUCCCUCAGGAUCUCUGACACCAGCUUUCUUCACUGCUCAGACGCCAAAUGGGUUAUUGUUAACGCCCAGCCCACUCCUGUCCAGCAUUCACUUCUGGAGCAGCCUGAGUCCGGUAGCUCCUUUGAGUCCUGCCAGGCUGCAAGGACCAAACAGCUUAUUUCAGUUUCCAAGCUUAUUAAAUGGUCACUUACCAAUGCAGUUGCCCGGGUUAGACAGAGCUUCGUCUCCAGUGCUGCUAUCUUCAAAUGUACACAAAUCAUGAUGUCGCACUAUGGACUGGUUGAUUAAAUAAAUAAUUUACCCGUAACCAUCCCCGAUGUCCAGAGAUAUGUAAACAUAUAUACAUUCAGAUUGCACCUUUCUUUUCAUGAUGUUAACCUCAUGCUGUUGAUGUGUUUUAUACCAGUAUAUGGAAGUUAAUAUGUAUUGCGUGUCUUUUAUGAGUCUAUGCCAGUGUUUCUCAAUUCCAUUCCAGAUUAUCAUGAUAGCUGAACUAGAACAUUGGUGAAAUAAUCAGCUGAUCAGUUACCAUAGAUACUAACCUGUUCUCACCCUUCAGCUGAUUAUUUAACCUGUUCUCUAGUUAGGAUAUCAUAAAAAUCUGGCCUGUUAGAGGGUACUUGAGGACUGGAGUUAAGAAAUAUUGGUCUAUGCUUCCAAAGUGUUGAGCACUAUUGAACUCUCUUUCCAUGCCUUGACAAAACGGUGCAAAGCCGUCUUUGCUCCCCCCAUCUUAUGUUAUGCACUUGAGCUUUUGUAAACUAUAACCGGCUGUGCCUUCUUUUGCAUUGGUUUGUAAAUUCUUUUUUUUCUAUUUUUUUAAUUAUGGGAACAAUAAAAACAAGACGCCUGAGAGUGUUUUAACCCCUUGACGUAGAAAAGGCUGAAAUGUAGCCUACUCUUGACGUUAAGGGGUUACAUUUUCCCCAAUAUAAUGUAUUUCAGCAAUGUUUGUAUUUAGUGCUUUUAAUGUAAUAUUGAAAUAUGGCCUCACACUUUUUUCUGUUGGGAACAAAAAAAGCAAUAAAUAAUAUGUUAAAACAAAA